AUGUCGACGAAGCUUGUGUUGACGGCCGCCUGCUGCUUCCUCCUCCUGCUGCUUCUCAAUGGCGCUCAUCACGUGGAGGCCCGUCGCCACCGCGAGCGUCGCAAGGACUACAUGCUGUUGGUCUUCGGCGACUCGUUCGCCGACGCCGGCAACCGUCUGAUGAGAUCAUCAGCAAAGAGCAGGGCGUCGCGUGGGUGGUACUACCCCUACGGCAGCUCUGACUCAGCUCACCGCAACAGAGCAACCGGCCGCCUUUCCGACGGCCUGGUGCAAUCAGAUUUCCUCGCGAGGAUGCUUGGGAACAAUGAUGAGUCCCCUCCUCCCUACAGUCCGGGCGAGGAUGGGUCGGACGGCGUCAACUUCGCCCUACCCUUCUCCGGCGUGUUGAACGGCCCACAGGAGGAGACGGCCCUGGGCACCCAGAUCGACCAGUUGACAAGGAUGGUGAACCGCCGGGACGUGGACCUGGACGACGAUUACUCCGUCGCGCUCGUCUCCGUCUCCAACGGCCACGACUACUCGCACGUCAGCGACACCACCAGCUCCGAGCAGAUGAACGCCUACAUCAGGGACGUGACGGAUGGAAUCGUGGACGCCGUGAAGCGGUUGCAGGACCUUGGUGUCUCCAAGGUCCUGGUGAACUCGCUGCCGCCUCUCGGCUGCACGCCGUGGCGCUCCAGGCUCAGCAGCUACGCUCGGUGUGACAGCAGCGGCAACAACAUCGCCAACACGCACAACAUGCUCCUCGCACAGAAGCUGUCUGGAUUUGAGGACGUCCUGCUACUCGACCUCUACAGCACCUUCGACAGCGUCGCCCGAUCCAAAUCCGGCUCGACGCCGUGCUGUGAUACCUCGGACCCCAAUGGGUAUUGUGGACAGGAGGACGGCAGCGGCAGAGCUCAGUACAGCUUGUGCGCCAACCCGGACAGCUACUUUUACUGGGAUUACAUGCACCCGACGCAGGCCGGAUGGGAGGCCGUCAUGGAUCAGCUGCGAGGACCCAUCCAGGAUUUCUUGGCCAUCUCUAGCUAG